UGUUGCAGAUGCGUGUGUUUAGUAAUUGUCUGAUGGCACACAGAUAUCUGUCUUAAUCUUAACAACUCGGAAUCAGUUGUCUCCCUCCGCGUUCUUCUAUUCUGUUGUUCUUUCAGUUUAUCUAUUUGAUUUAGAGCUCCAACUUCUAACCACUACCACCGAUUCCCACAAAGAUUUUAACUGUUCCAAUUUUCUGCAUCUGGGUGUCUUUCUCUCUCCCAAAGAUCGAAUCUUUCCUAUCUAGGUCCUCUGGAUUUGCAAUCUUUCUUUUCAAGGUUGAACUUUGCUGGUUAUUCAGAUUUUCACAAGGGUCAGUGGGGUUAGCUUUGUUGCGAUGCUAGUUUCCUUUGACGAGCUGAUUGCGUAAGCGGUAAUGGCUGUGGAGUUGGAGUGUGACAAUGAGUGUGUUGAAUAGGAGCAUUUCAUUGAACAGGAAUGGAUCAUUCAAUCGAAGGGGCUUCAGUGUUGGCCUUGCAAGCCCCAAGGUCGCCAAUCACGUUCGAUUUGGAUGGGUCUCUUUGAGAAUUCAGGUUCUUGUUAUCAUUGCCUCUGUCAUUUCCUUCUUUGUAGCAAUUGGUUGUGGCUACAUUUAUGUGCUUCCUAGCGUUAGCCAUGCUCUCUUAAAUGCCCAAGGUCUCUUAUCUGACCACAACGAUAACGAAUUACUCACAAGCUGUGAUGUCUUUGAUGGAAGCUGGGUUCAGGUCCAAGGGUACCCUUUGUACAAUGCCACUGAGUGUCCCUUUGUGGAAAAAGGAUUCAAUUGUUUGGGGAAUGGAAGGGUUGACACGGAUUAUCUCAGCUGGAGGUGGAAACCAAAGGGUUGUAACAUUCCAACGUUUGAUGUGCGUAGCGUUUUGGAAAUGCUGAGGAGCAAAAGGGUUGUUUUUGUUGGUGAUUCAAUGAGUAGAACACAGUGGGAAUCUAUGAUUUGUAUGCUUAUGGCUGGUGUUGAGGAUAAGAGUGGUGUUUAUGAAGUCAAUCAAAAUAACAUAACAAAGCGAAUUAGGUUCUUGGGGGUUAGGUUCAGUGCCUUCAACUUCACCAUUGAGUUUUUCCGGUCGGUUUUCCUUGUGCAGCAGGGUAAUUUGCCCAGAUAUAUGCAAAGGCCAAGGAGGGUGAAAUCCACCCUUAUGCUGGACAAGUUAGAUGAUAUAAGUGACCAGUGGGUUAAUUCAGAUGUUCUGAUAUUCAACACUGGCCAUUGGUGGGUGCCAUCUAAGCUUUUUGACAUGAUUCCAAUUGCAUUUGAAACUUGGGCAUCAUGGGUUGAAAGAGAGAUCGAUAGAAAUAGAACGCGCAUCUUCUUUAGGACUUAUGAGCCAUCUCACUGGAGUGAUCAAACCUUCAGGCAGUGCAAUGUGACUAAGUACCCUGCCCCAGAAACUGAGGGAAGGGACCAGAGCUUGUUUUUGGACACGGUUUUGGAAGUGGUUAAGAAUGUCAGAGUUCCUAUAAAUGUUCUCCGCGUUACUUCUAUGUCGUCUUUCCGGAGCGAUGGACAUGUUGGUAAUUGGAGUGAUAAUCCAUCCAUUCAAGAUUGUAGUCACUGGUGUCUACCAGGAGUACCUGAUAUGUGGAAUGAAAUUGUCCUGUCCCAACUCUUUUCCAACAAUGAAACCCCUUAUCGGCAAAUGGAAAUUGCAGAAUAAAUACAGUUGGAAUACUUCAAAUUCAAGUCAUAAGCUCAAGUCUUAAUAGAACUCAACCUUUAUUUCACAUCAACGAAUUAAAGAGAUAACAUUCUUUGUGAUUACAAGCAUACCUUGAAGUUCAGAUGCUUCUUAAGAAGUUAGGAUGGUUAAGAUUUGUCCCCACACUAGCACCGUAAAUCUUGUCGCAUCUCAGUCUGCAAUUGUUGAGUUCUUUCAUCUACCACGGGUUUUCUGAAAUAAUCAGUUGCAGAGUUUUGUUUAAGUAAACCCCAAAUACACGUUAAUUUUGUACCGGCAUGUCUAAAACAAUUGAUGAAGCGCAACGUACUUUCUAAUUAUUUUUUAAUUUUUUCAUCUCAGAAAAGGUUGUGUCUGGGACUCUGGGAUGUAACAAAUGGGUAUCCUUGAUUUUGGUCACGAAAAUGUUACAUUUUAUUCAAAGAAAAAAUAGUUCGAAUCAA